CGAUCCCAAUUCUCUCUUUGUAGCUCUCAAUCUGCGCUCUGUACUUUUUCCAGUCGUUUACUCUUUAUUCUGCUCAAUUUCAACCAGCUCGCUCUCAAUCAGCGCUUGAAUUUCAUUGAAUUCAUAAUUAGAGAUGACGAUCGGAUCGGGAGGAUCAAGUGUUGUCGUACCUCGUAACUUUAGAUUGCUUGAGGAACUUGAACGCGGGGAGAAGGGCAUUGGAGAUGGCACUGUUAGUUAUGGAAUGGAUGACGGAGAUGACAUUUAUAUGCGCUCUUGGACGGGGACAAUAAUUGGUCCGCUUAAUUCUGUGCACGAAAAUCGUAUAUAUCAGCUGAAGCUAUUUUGUGAUAAAGAUUAUCCUGAGAAACCUCCGAGUGUACGCUUUCACUCCAGAAUCAACAUGGCAUGUGUUAACCAUGACACUGGAGUGGUUGAACCGAAGAAGUUUGGUCUAUUGGCAAAUUGGCAGCGGGAGUACACCAUGGAAGACAUACUGACCCAGCUGAAGAAGGAGAUGGCAGCACCUCACAACCGCAAACUUGUUCAGCCGCCUGAAGGUACCUUCUUCUAGUUAAAGGAUUUAAGAAAAUCCUCUUAUAGUUACAUAUAGUUUUUUAGUUUGGUCCUACAAAAAGAAUUGUAUGGAACCUCUGAUGGUCUACAUGUUCUGAUGCAUGUAUGUGCUAUUUGUCAAUGGUCAGUUGCAGACAUGACAUUAUGUUUGAUUGUGAUAAGUAAUGUUAUGCAGUCCUCUUUCUAGACCA